ACAGGAGAGGAGGGGAGAGAGACGUCGACAACUCGGGUGUCCUGAGGAGGCGGUUCAUGGGGAGUUCGAUUAUGAGGGGCAGGAUGCCACCGCGGGUGUCCUUGAGGGGCAGGAUGUUGUCAUGGGCGGUGGGUCCCCUAGUGGGGGCCGUGGCGACAGCGAGACCGCGGGUGAUGAGGGACAGGGUGCCGCAGUGUGCAGCAGAGGAGAGGGUGGACCCGGUGGAGAUUGGGAUACCGCGGGUGUCGGUGGAGACGAUGGACCGGACGGUGACGAUGACGACGACCACGGUCCGGAGGACGAUCCGUAUAGGCUCGCCUUGGUGUUGAGGGACCCCACAGUGCCUCCCAUGUGCCCUGACGGCACAUCGCACACUUUCUUCGACGCCGACGCUUUGGCGCAUGCGUUGACGGAUGACCCUUUCGCACACCUGAGCCGCAAGAGCGGCAAGCAGCGGGCCCCUGGGAGGGUAUAUUCACCGCCGCCGUUCACAGUGCAGAGCCCUCACUGGUCGGGUUCGUCGCUCAGCGACGUUAGAGGGAGGGAGUCCGGUGCGGGUGAGGUGGGGUCUGGCAGACGCAGCGACGACGGUAGAGAUAGUGCAGGAUCGAUGCCUCCACCGCCCGCACGGAUUCCGGAGGGCAGGGUCAACACCGGGGACCGGACGGUGGCACCCGGAGUUGCGCACAGUGGCGGAUCCCCGCCGCCAGUCCGAGGAGGUGUGGGUGGCGGAUGGUCAGCUGUUCAUCGGGUCGGGGACCGGUUGCGGGCGGAUUACGACGCCGGGAGGGGCAUCUUCACGGGACGUGCGCCUGUUCAGACGCAGGCUGCGGAGGGCGGGUCCGGACGUCCGAGCCUGCAGAUGGCAGGCCGCAUGCUUGGUUUGUCAUGAGCGGAGACGAGGAGGACAUUGGUCCUCGAGGCCCAGGGACAUCCACGGACAGGCUGCGGGGAGAGCAGUUCACAUCG